CGUACCAGUCUGGUUGCUGGCCUGUUUCAGAUAUGGUGCUAAGCAAGGGCAGCUGCCUGGCUCGGAUGUUCCCCAGGCUUGGGACCCAAAACUCGAGAAGGCAGCCAAAUCCAGAUGCGCGUGCAGACCUGGACCCUGCUGAUACAGGCACCGCUGACUCUUUCGGCCCAGACCACCUGACCUCUGACCCCCAGCACAGGAAAGCGACAUGGUCAGGAGGGGUUACACUUCGGCUGAAGCACAGGCGCAGUGAACCUGCAGGCCGACCUCACUCUUGGCAUUCAACCAAAUUUGGGGAGAACCAACCCGAUGCCAGCAUGAUGCAGAUAUCUCAGGGCACGAUUGGCACUCCUUGGUCCAAGAGCUACCAUUCCAGCUCCUCUACCAGUGACCUUUCCAGCUAUGACCAUGCUUAUGUGAGGCGGAGUCCUGACCAGUGCAGCUCCCAGGGGAGCAUGGAGAGCCUGGAGCCCAGUGGGGGAUACCCACCCUGCCACCUUCUCUCCCUGGCCAAGUCCACCAGCAGCAUUGACCAGCUCAGUCACCUUCAUAACAAGAGAGACUCGGCUUACAGCUCCUUCUCCACCAGCUCUAGCAUCCUCGAGUAUCCACCCCCUGGCAUCUCUGCCCGGGAGCGUUCCGGCUCCAUGGAUACCAUUUCUGCUCGAGGUGGCCUCCUUGAAGGGAUGAGGCAGGCAGACAUUCGCUAUGUUAAGACAGUCUAUGACCCCCGGCGGGGAGUCUCAGCAGAGUAUGAGGUGAACUCUUCAGGCCUGCUUCUCCAAGGUAGGGAGGCCCGAGCAUCAGCAGAUGGUCAGGGCUAUGACAAAUGGCAUAAUGUUCCUCGGGGCAAGGGAGCGCUGCCUCCCUCCUGGAGCCAGCAGUGCCCCAGUUCCUUGGAGACCACCGAGGACAACCUGCCUCCUAAAGUGGGCGCGCCCCUGCCCCCGGCUCGGAGUGACAGUUAUGCAGCCUUUCGGCAGCGAGAGCGGCCCAGCUCCUGGUCUAGCCUUGAUCAGAAGCGGUUCUGCCGGCCUCAGGCAAGCUCUGCAGGCGCCCUGAAAUCUCCCUUCAUAGAGGAACAGCUGCAUACUGUGCUAGAGAAGAGUCCAGAAAACAGCCCCCCGGUGAAGCCGAAGCAUAAUUACACCCAGAAGGCCCAACCUGGCCAACCUCUGCUGCCGACUGGCAUCUACCCAGUGCCUUCCCUGGAGCCACACUUUGCCCAGGUGCCCCGGCCUUCCGUGAGUGGUAAUGGCACCCUCUACCCUGCACUGGCCAAGGAGGGCGGGUACCCAGCUCCACAGGGAGCUUGUGAUAAGAUGGCUGUCCUGGACGAGAAUGGGAACCAAAACGGAUCCAGCAGGCCUGGCUUUGCCUUCUGCCAGCCCCUGGAACAUGACUCAGUGUCCCCAGUAGAGAGGAAACCUGAGACUUCAGCCAGAUGUGUCCCCUACAAAGUUCAUUUCCCAUCAGUGCCUGAAAACGAGGAGGAGACCUCCCUGAAGAGACUUCUCACUCCUCUCCAAGGCAACAGCCCACAUCCCAGUGAGAGAAAGAGCACCCAGGGCAACAGAUAUUCCAGUUACCACAGCCUCCAGUCCCCUCAGGCUCAGGCAUGGCAAGUGGGUGAAGACAAGAGAUCUUUCCUGCCCUCAGAGCCUUGGGAGGGUGAUUUCCAUGAAGACCACAAUGCCAACCUCCGGCGGAGGCCCGAGAGAGGCAGCCUGGGCCAGAGCAUGCCAAGCAACUUUGGCAAGACCACGACUGCUUUCUCCUCCCUCCAGAACAUUCCUGAGAGUCUAAGAAGGCAGAGCAGCCUGGAUCUAGGAGGAGGCGCCCAGGAGGUCUGCCUGGCAGGCCUGCCCACCUGUGCAGUCAAUACCAAGGCAGAGGACUCUGGAAGGACUGUUCCUGACCACAGGAGCCAGCUGGACAGGUCAGUUUCCUAUCCAAGGCCUGAGGGGAGAACCAGUGCCUUGGCUUCUUUCCACAGUUCAGACCCAAGGUGUGAAGAGCCGCCCUCCCUACCCCCACAGGAGACAUCCAGUCUGGGCCGAAGGAGGCUCAGCUCCAGCAGCGCCUCGGCUCUGCAGGGCAUUCAGUAUGGGAAGCCCCACUGCUCGGUGCUGGAGAAGGUUUCCAAGAUCGAGCAACGAGAGCAAGGGAGCCAGAGACCCCCGAGUGCGGGCAGCUCUAGUUACGGCUAUAACUACAGGCCCAGCAGGACACUCCCAACUCCUAAUACUUUGGGGAAUGACUUGGAGGAGACAAAAGCCCAUAUCCGUUUUCCUGAAUCCACCGAACCCCUAGGCAAUGGGGAGCAGCACUUCAAAAACGGGGAGCCAAAAUCAGAAGAGGUUUCCUGGCAGCCGUGUGGUCAGCAGCCGAGGCGGGCUGCCGAGGGCGGCUGGGGCCCCCCGGUCCGGGGCGGUGAGCCUCCGAGGCGGGACGCCCGCCUGCUCCGCAGCCAGAGCACCUUCCAGCUCUUCAGCGAGGCCGAGCAGGAGGCCGUGUGGCCGGGCGACAGGCCCCGCACGCCCGAGUCGCCGGUGCAGGACGCCCCCUUCAGCCGCGCCUACCGGAACAGCAUCAAGGACGCACAGUCCCGCGUCCUGGGGGCCACCUCCUUUCGCCGCCGGGACCUCGAGCCGGGCACGCCCACGGCCGCCAGGCCCUUGCGGCUGCGCCCCGCCUCGGCCCACGUAGGGCUGCGGAGCCCCGAGGCGCCGGCUCCCGCCUCCCCACACACCCCGCGCGAGCGGCACAGCGUGACCCCGGCCGAGGGCGGCCCGGCCCGGCCCGCGCCCCCAGCUGCCCGGAGGGGGCCGCGCCGGCACCUGACGCCGGAGCAGAAGAAGCGCUCGUACUCGGAGCCCGAGAAGAUGCACGAGGUGGGGGUCUCGGAGGAGGCCGAGCCCGCGCCCCCAGGCCCGCUGAGGAAGGGGCCAGAUUUCGCCGAGAGCUCGGUGGCCGACCGGCGCCGCCUCUUCGAGCGAGACGGCCGGGCCUGCUCGACCCUCAGCCUGUCGGGGCCCGAGCUGAAGCAGUUCCAGCAGAGCGUGCUGGCCGACUACGUUCAGCGCAAGACCGGCAAGCGGCCCGCCGCCGCCGGCUGCAGCCUCCAGGAGCCCGGGCCGCUGCGGGAGCGCGCGCAGAGCGCCUACCUCCAGCCCGCGCCCGAGGGCCCCGGCCUCACUGCAGCCUCCAGCCUCUCUUCGCUGCGGGAGCCCAGCCUGCCGCCCUGCAGGGAGGCCGGCCUGCUGCUGGCCACCGCGGCAGGGGGUGGCGGGGAGCCGCCCCGGACCCCCCGAGAUCGCAGCAGCUCCUUCGCCGGAGGCCGCCACCUCGGGGAAGGGCGCCGCGGAGACCAAGCCCCGAGAGAAGCGCUGGGUGGAGCUAACGGCGGACCAAAGCGCCCCCAGAGGCUGGACAGGGCCCCUGGGGAGCCCUCCCCCUGGGGCGCCGCGGCCGGGAGGGCCGGGAAGUCCAUGUCGGCCGAGGACCUGCUGGAGCGCUCGGACGUCCAGGCCGUCCCUGUCCACAUGAGGUCACGGUCAUCUCCCACCGCAGACAAACGCCAGGAUGUGCUUUUGGGGGAAAACAGUGGCUAUGGUCUCGUGAAGGAUCCAUGUUACUUGGCUGGCCCAGGAUCCAGGCCAUUCAGCUGUUCCAGCCGUGAAGAGAUGCCGUUGCUCAAACACCAUCCCAGCCUUCGUUGGGGGGGUUUGGGCUGCAGAACAGGUGGUGGUGCCUCCAUUGCCGGUGAGGGUCUGGGGCCGCUGGACCCUCCGAGGCAGGCCAGCCGAACGCCCUGCCCCCGGCCACUGGCCUCAGGAGCACAAGGGCAUCUCCCAGACACCAGGGCUGCACCCCUGAGCUCAGCCCUGCCUGCCCCUGGCCCCUCGAGCCACUGCUCACAGGCCGCCGUCCAGCCCGGCACCCCAGCUGCGACCCCCAAAAGUGGCGGCCACAGCCCAGCCCAGCCUCCCAGCCCCAAGCGUAGGGUGGAAGAGGGAGCGGGGACGCGGCCCUCCCAGCCCUGGAUGAAGCGGGCCCAGGCGGUCAGAGAGGACAGCGUCCCCGAGGACCCGGCGUUGCCGGGGUGCGUGAACCCGCAGCACUACCCCAAGCCGCAGGACCUCCCCGGCCCGAGCAGCACUUCCGACCCAGACACGCCUCUCGGGGCCCCAGGCACUCUGGGCAGGAUCUCCCUCCGGAUCUCCGAGUCGGCGCUGCUGGCCUCCCCACCGCCUCGGGAGGACUGCGAUGACAAUGACGAGGUGUUUGUGAGGGACCUGCACCCCACCGCCACUUCCAGCCCCACCAGCGAAGCGCUGCCGCCGCCGCCGCCGCCACCGCCGCCACCACCCCCACCCAGCCGGGAAGCCCCAGCCCAGAGCCUGGACCACUUCCCUCCGCCUCCCCCUGAAGCUUUGUGCCCAGCGCAGUGGGACAGCGAGGCCUACCGGGAGCCCCACACCAGGAACUCCAGCAAACUUGCCAAGGUGACCAUUGCCAAGGAAAGGCCCGUGCCUGGUGCAGCCCAUUUGGUUGAUAAGCAGAUACUGGCUUCCAGAUCCCAAACUUCUGUUGAGAGUUCAGAGGCCAGUGAGACCAACCCGCCCUCCACCACAGGUGCUCUGCCCCGACCCGCCGGCUCUCCUAGCAAGCAGCCAAGCCCAGGGCAGCCACCUGCCACCCAGACCCAAAGUCUCAGCCACGACCCAGUCAGUGGGACUCAAGGUUUAGAAAAGAAUGUCCGUUCUGGUCCUCAGAAGACUUCAGAAGACAUGAGAACAGAGGCUCUGGCCAAGGAAAUUGUCCACCAAGACAAAUCUCUGGCAGACAUUUUGGAUCCAGACUCCAGAAUGAAGACAACUAUGGACCUGAUGGAAGGUUUGUUUCCCCGAGAUGUGAAUUUGCUGAAGGAAAACAGCAUGAAGAGGAAGGCCAUGCAGAGAACUGUCAGCUUCCCAGGAUGUGAAGCUAAGAGGAGUGAAGACAAGGACGCGGUGGGCAUGUUGGUCAACUGUCGUGCCUACUACAGCGUGUCUGCUCCCAAGGCCGAGCUUCUGAACAAAAUCAAAGCUAUGCCAGAAGAGGUGAAUGAAGAAGAGGAGCAGGCAGACAUCAACGAGAAGAAGGCAGAGCUGAUUGGAAGCCUCACGCACAAGCUUGAGACCCUCCAGGAAGCCAAGGCGAGCCUGCUGAUGGACAUCAAGCUCAAUAGCGCCCUGGGGGAAGAGGUGGAGGCCUGGGUCCGUGAGCUCUGCAAGCCCAACGAGAUUGACAAGUACAAGAUGUUCGUCGGGGACUUGGACAAGGUGGUGAACCUGCUGCUGUCCCUCUCCGGGCGCCUGGCUCGCGUGGAGAACGUCCUCAGCAGCCUUGGGGAAGAUGCCAGUAACGAGGAAAGGGGAGACCGAGAAGGGAUAAUAAAGCCACUGUCCCCCCAGGGCUAGCACCAGCGGGGAAGCCAUUACUACCUCUGGACAUGGAGCAGCAGGAGGACGGGGCUUUUAUCAGAAGCAUAGCUGAAGCUGACCUACAGCACUGAGGCCUGGGUGAAAGGCUGCAGCCACCGCCCCCUGGCAAGGAGGGAGCCAGGGAUAAAGGCCUCAGUUUCUUCUUCUUCCCACCUUCCAGUCUCCUGCCCAUGACUGCUAUUGGCCAAACCCAGCAGCCAGCAGGCUUCAGCUUCCCUAGACAGAGAGCAGGACUGAGGAGAGUAGAUCUGGAGGGGUAAACAGUAUCCAGUGCAGAAAAUAAUCACAAAGACCUAUGGGUCAUACCUUAGGCUUCAGCCUGUAGGCCUGGAGAGCCAUGAGCUAAUUUCAUGACAUAGUCAGCCUGGGGAGGGGUGAGACAGUUGGGAGGCUUAUUGUAAUGGUCUAGCAAAAUAGGUUUAGGCUGUGAAUUUAGGCCAUUGUCAUGAGGAUAGAGAAGAGGGAGGGAGUUAGAGAAUGAGUCUGAAUUAGCAAGGUGUGCUAGAUGAGGGGAAGGACGGAACAGAAGGUAAUUCCAAGGUUGCUGUCUGGUCACUUGGAUGGAUGCCACAGGUAUCUGAGAUAAGGAAUACUGGACCAAUUCUUACAGAAAGAUGAGUUGUUCCAGAAUUGAAUUCAGCUUAACACUUAGAUGCACAUAAACACAUAUAGAUAAGUGCUUGCUCACCUGCAAAAUUAUUAGUUUAAAAACUAAAGGUAUAAAUAGGAAUGAGGAAAGGAGGAAUAAAUAGUUCCAUAAUGCCAAAUUCGGGAUUACAGUUACAGUGAGGGGAGGAGGGGAAGAUGGGGAUCAGGAGAGCUACAGAUGAGACUUCAACUGGAUCUCUAAUUUUUUUGUUUUUAAUCUGAAGCAAAUAUGAAAAAUGUUCAAGCUAAGAUUUGGCAUUGUCAGUGAUGGGUACACAGACAUUAUACCACUUUAUACAAUACUGAUGUUUAAACUAUUUCAUAAUUUUUUAAAGGUGAGGAAGAGGUUCUCAUUUCUUAACUUAUUUCUUUACAGUAUUUUGAAACAUGUCUUCAUUGCAAAUUCAGUCCCCAAGGAUUUCUUUUUUAGGUGUGUUUUUCUGAUUAGGGGAAGAAAGCCUAAGAAGAUGGAGAUAUUAUAAGGUUAACCUAUAACUUUGCACUUUUCCUCUAGGCAUUAUUAUGUAAGAUCUGACAGGCUGGUUCAAGGGAAGCCAGGGCAAAGACCCAUGAUCCUUUCAUAACCCUACAUAAGCUAACUUGUACUGAGAUUAUAUAUAUAUUCUUCUUCUUGAUUAAUUUCCACUUUAAAGUUUCUCAGUCACUUUAGCCUGAAGAGUCUGGUUAAAUAUAAAAACUUAAAAAAAUUUUUAAUGACAUUAUAAAAGUCUUUAAUGUGACCUUUUAGCAAACAUGCUGACAUAUAAAGUAAAUUAGCCCUGGAGAAAAUAUGCUGUCUUACCAUUGGGUCUGUAUAAGACACUCUCAGAAUAUGAAAUUACCAUCACUGUUAAAUAGAAUUUCUGUUAGAUUCAGAGGCCUGAAAAAUGGAAACUGAUUUUUUCAGAGAUGGUAAAUAUGACAUUCCCAUUGUUGAUUAUGGAUUAGAGCAGAGGUUCUCAAACUUUAACUGCAAAGAAUCACCUGGAAGGCUUAUUCAACCACAGAGCUCUGGACCCACACCUCCAGAGCUUUUGAUUCAGUAGAUGGAAAGGGGCCUGGAAUUUUGCAUUUCUAACAAAUUCCCAGGAGAUGCUGCUGGUCUGCACUGUGAGAACCACUAUAAACGUAUAUACUUAUAAACACGCAAGAUACCUUGAUGACUGGCUUUUUUUUCCCUUCAGUUUUUUAAUUGUGGUAAACUACAUAUAAAGUUUGCCAUCGUAACCAUUUUUAGCUGUGCAGCUCAGCACUAUUAACUAUAUUAAGACUGUUGUGAAACAGAUCUCUAGAACUUUUUCAUCUUGCGAAACCGAAAGUCUAUAUCCACUGAAACAACUCCUUGUCCAUUCUCCCCUCCCCCAGGGCCUGGCAACCACCAUUCUACUUCGUGUCCCUAUGACUUUGACUAUUCUAAGGACCUCAUAUAAGUGGAAUCCUGAAUGUCCUUUUAAGUCUGGGAGCCUUAAAGUAAAGCCAUUACCCCAGCCAAUUUAACAUAAUCUCUCAAAUUAAAGCUAUCACAUGACUUUACAAGUUAGAGAACCAUAUAUAUGCAACGUAAGGGUAAUAAACUGAUUUUCAAAGAAUUGACUCUCCUUACUUUAGAGUGACAGUCAAAAUAGGAACUUAGAUACUGCAUCGUCCUGAAAAGGGUCUGUCUGCGGGCAGUGUGGCUCUGUUCCCCGUUCCACUGGCCUUCUGCUGACCUGCCUGCUUUGCC